AGAAAGCCAUAAGUCUGUUUUCAAGAUGGAUCUUCAAAUCCUAUACUUCACAUCCAUUUUCUCCAUUUUCCUUUUUGUGUUCAUAGCAAACAAAAUAGUGACCAAGAAAUCUAACUCAACUACAAAUUUACCACCAGGUCCAUUAAAGCUACCUAUCAUAGGAAACAUACACAACCUUAUUGGUUCACUUCCCCAUCAUAAGCUAAGAGACUUGUCAACAAAAUAUGGACCUUUAAUGCAUCUAAAACUUGGUGAAGUUUCAACAAUUGUAGUUUCAUCACCGGAAUAUGCAAAAGAAGUGAUGAAAAACCAUGAUCUUAUCUUUGCAUCAAGGCCUCAUAUUCAAGCUUCAAAGAUAUUGGGUUAUGACUCUCUUGGUAUAGCUUUUGCACCUUAUGGUGAUUAUUGGAGACAACUUAAAAAAAUUUGUACUUUAGAGCUAUUAAGUUCAAAACGUGUCCAAUCUUUUCAACCAAUAAGAAGUGAAGAGGUAAAUAAUCUAAUCAAAUUGAUUGCUUCAAAAGAAGGAUCACAAAUUAAUUUUACCAAAGAAGUGUUUUCAACAAUUUCUACAAUCACUUCAAGGACAGCUUUUGGAAAAAAGUACAAGGAAAAUCAGAAAUUCAUAUCAUUGGUAAGGGAAGCUAUUAAGAUUGCUGGUGGUUUUGAUUUGGGAGAUUUGUAUCCUUCUUAUAAAUGGCUUCAACAUAUAUCUGGAUUGAAGCCUAAGCUUGAAAAGUUACACAAAGAAGCUGAUUUGAUUAUGCAAAACAUUAUUGAUGAGCAUAGGGAGGUUAAUAAAUCAAGGGCUAGUGAAAAUCAUGGUGAUGAAGUGGAGGAAGAUCUUGUAGAUGUGCUAUUGAAGCAGGAUUGUUUGAGUGAUAAUAGUGUCAAGGCUGUGAUCUUGGAUAUAUAUGGAGGUGGAAGUGAGACAUCAGCUACUACCAUAACAUGGGCAAUGGCAGAGAUGAUAAAAAAUCCAAAAAUAAUGGAGACGGUUCAAGCUGAGGUAAGAGAGGUUUUUGAUAAAGAAAGAAAACCCAAUGAAAGUGACAUUGAGAAAUUAAAAUAUUUAAAAUGUGUUGUGAAAGAGACAUUGAGAUUGCACCCGCCUGCAACAUUUUUGCUUCCAAGAGAAUGUGGACAAGAAUGCAAGUUAAAAGGGUAUGAUAUACCUUUUAAAAGCAAAGUGAUAGUGAAUGCUUGGGCUAUUGGAAGAGAUCCAAAUUAUUGGGCCGACUCGGAGAAAUUUUAUCCUGAAAGGUUUAUUGAAAGUUGUGUAGACUAUAGGGGUAAUAAUUUUGAGUUCGUUCCAUUUGGUGCUGGGAGAAGAAUGUGUCCGGGAAUCACAUUUGGUAUGAUCAAUGUUGAGUAUCCACUUGCACUGUUGAUGUAUCACUUUGAUUGGAAACUUUCCGGUGGAUUGAAAAGUGAGGAUUUAGACAUGAGUGAGACUUUUGGGUCAGCGGUUACUCGGAAAGAUGAUUUAUACCUUAUUCCUAUCACUUAUCAUCCUUAACCUACUCCACAUAUGUUAAAUGAAAGUGAAAUUCUGUUGACGAAAUCGUUUGAUUUAUGGACAACAAUGUUGUGUAAUGAUUGUUUGAAUAUUACAAGUGCAAGGUUAUUUUUA